UCACGAAUCCGCAAGGCAAAGCAAACCAAUACAAAUACAAGACAAUAAGUGAACUGAGAACCGCAAAACGCUAAGGAAAAAACCAAAAACCCAAAGAAAUAAAAUAAACGUUGCACCCACCACCGCCUCACGCUCACCGCCUCACCGCUCGCCCGCUAGUUUAAAGCUAAUGCCACCGCCCACCACCACUAGAACUACUACUUCCACCACAACCACUAGUACCACCACCACCAAGAACCAAGUACCACAACCACCAACUACCAGCCUCGAUCUGAACCACUUCGCAAUCAAAUAACAAGAAAAGAGUUAAAUGUAAAAAAGAAAGAAAGAAAGGCAGAGUCCAGAUUCCGAGUCCACUUGUCCAAAAUGUCUUCAAAUAUUGAAAAAUACCCAGGCAAAAUUCGUAUUGACCACCAAGCAUAUGAGCUUGUGGCUAAAGGUGUCUCCGGCAUCGACUUGUUUCAUGUUGUAACUCGAGGACUUUCGUUUAUUGGCAACAAUAAUGGUCAGCACAACAUUGACAACACUGGCUGCUGGACAAACAACUAGUAGCAGUAAUCACCAUCACCACCACCAUCACAGCCACCAGCAGCAGCAGCAGCAGCAACAGCAGCAGGAACAGUCGCAGCAGCAGCAGCAGCCGCAUCAGCAGUUGCCCUACCAGCAACGCGGCUACUACGCACUGAACGGCAGCUUGGAGCUAGACUGCGACACCAGCAACACGAACAGCAACGGCAACAGCAACAGCAACAGCAGCAGCAGCAACAACAUUGGCUACCAGCAACACCAGCAGCAGCAGCAACAGCAGCCGCCGUUGAUCCUGUCGCAGGCUCUGCUGUCGCCAUCGCCGCCGCUCAACGAUCAGAUCAGCUUGCUAUUCCCCAAGUGCCGACCCAAACAGCAGCAGCAGCAGCAGCAACAGCAGCAGCAGCAGCAACAGCAGCAGCAACUUCAGCCAGCACAACAGCAGCAGCAGCAACAUGUCCUCCCCACGCAUGACGUGAAUCGCAGCUGCAACAGCAACAGCAACAGCAACAGCAACCGGAGCAGCAGCCCCACGUCAGCGGGAGUGGUUGGGGAGCCGUUGGCCAACGUCAGUGUUAGUCCGCCGCCACCGCCCAAGGCCACGCCCACCAGCACGCCCAGCUAUUACAAGAGCGUGAACAUUAUAACGCAAUCACCGCCGCCACACUCAACAUCCUCGCACUCCUCCGAAUCGCUGUCCUCGGUGACGCCUCGCAUUUCCACGAAUCCCUUUCUGUGUGCACCACUCACGCCGCCCACACCACCGCACCACCAGCAUCAACAGCAGCAGCAGCAGCAGCAGCACCACCACCACCAACACCAGCAGCAACAGCAGCAGCAGGAGCAACAGGAGCAGGACACCACGGGCGAGUCAGUUGUGGAGGGCAGCAGAAGCAGCAGGUGCGGCGCUGCUGGCGAGGUGCUCGAGUAUCCCGCCUCGUUCUACUACCACACGGUGGGCGAUAGUAGGCGUGGUCCCGGGCCCGGCUACACGGAGAUGCCGCGCAAACGCAACAGUGCGUUGCCCGCCAGCAACAGGCAGCAGCAGCAACAGCAGCAGCAGCAGCAACAGUUGCACAACGGCAACGGCAGCCAGAAUCCCUUCAUUAAGGAGAACUACUGGGAGGCACCGCCGACACGGGCCAGUCUGCUGCUCCACUCGCCCACGGAGUACUCCGAGGAGCCACAACAGCAGCAGCAACAGCAGCAGCAGCAGCAACAGCAACAGCAGCAGCAACAGCAGCAGCAACAGCAGCAGCAGCAGCAUACGCAUGCCUCAGCCAGACGAGCUUACCACCAGCAGCGGGAGCAGGUUUACGGAAUCAGUCAGCGAUCGCAGCAGCAGCACAUAUUGCGGGUGGGUCGAAGUCCAGUUAAUCGCAGCUUUCCACAGCAACAGCAGCAGCAGCAGCAGCAGCAGCAACAGCAGCAGCAGCAACAGCAGCAGCAGCAACAGCAGCAGCAACAGCAACAUCAGCAGAUUCCAACUGCCAGGAGCAAUCCCUGUGCCGACGGCCUGACUCCGCUGGCCAGCCACUAUCUGUAUGGCAGCAAGUCAUCGUUGGAUCAGCAUCCCGGCGAUUGGGAGCCGCGGGAGCAGCGCAAGAUGAGGCUGCGCGAGGAGCGGGAAAGGGAGAGGGAAAGGGAGCGAGAGAGGGAACGAGAAAGGGAAAGAGAGCACCUGUUGCUGGAGCAACAGCAGCAGUUGCAACUGCAGGAAGUGCAGGCGGCCAGGGACAACCACCUCAGCCACUUGGCGGGUCAGCAGCAGCAGCAGCAGCUGCAGCAGAGGAAGCGACACGUUUACGGCGAGGAGCGGGAAUCCCGAGAGAGGGAUCGAGAGCGGGACAUGGAGCGGGAUCAUCGCCUGGUCAAUGGAAAUGCAGAUCCCAACGAGAGCUGGCAGCAUCUGCGCGUUACGACCGAAACGUUGGCGGAGGAGGGCGGCAAACACGGCAAGCCGGUGGACAAGCACCAGCAGCUCCAGCAGCACCAGCAGCACCAGAUGCACAAUACGAACCCAAGUCAGAAUCCGGAGGUGAAUGUCUACAGGGAGCACAAGCUGGACAAGCUGGACAAGCUGGACGCCUGGAAGCUGGAGCGCAACUACACGCUGGCCGUGGAGUCGCGUCACGGCAUCAUUGAGUACGAGGGCUCGCCCAGACGCAUUGGAGUGACCAGCAGCAAUGUGCUGGCCACUGGAGCGGCGGCGACGGCAUCAGCAGCAGCGGACGAAAGCGAACCACCAGCAGCGGCAGAAGCUGCAGCAACAGCAACAGCAGCAGCAGUAGCAGCAGCAGCAGCAGCAGCAGUAGCAACAGCAGCACCGCAACCACAGCAGCAGGUGCCCAUGGCCACCGUACCACCGCUGAGCUCCACGGCCACCUCGCUGCAGAAGACGGCCGCCCGCGCAGCACUGGCUGCUCUGGCCCAGAGCCAUCCACACAACUCCCACAACAUACUCAGCUCUCUGCUGCCGCACUCGCCCAAUCCCAUCCAGAGCUAUCCAGUGCGUCCGGGAUUUCCGCAGCGCAUCAUCUCGCCGCCCAGUCGUGAGCCACGCAGCAGCUCCCCUCCCCUGCAGCAGCAGCAGCAAUAUCAGCAGCAACAGCUGCAACAGCAACAGCUGCAACAUCAGCAGCAGCACUUCGCCAGUCUGAUGAGCAGUCACAGUAACAACAACUCCAACACCAACAAACAGCCGCUGAGCAGCGACAACAAUGCGGAGGACACCAGCAACGAUGUGUCCGAGAUUGGCACCAUAUCCGACCUGACCACUCCGGAGGCAGUGGGUCUGUCCAUUGGAUUCGCUGCAGGAGAGUUGGCCAGCCGGGCGGGCACUCCACCGCAAACGGCGCAAGCUCCACCGACAUCAGUGGCGGGCAGCACUGCCAAUGGAACCGCAACCGCAACCGGAAACGGAAGCGGAAAUGGAACAGCAAACGGAAAUGCAGCAGCAACGGGCAGCGGACUGGUGCCCUUGAGCCUGCACACUAAAUCAUCGACCUUCGAUUAUCUGUACGAGUUCUCGGAGACGCGCAAGGUGCUGGAGGAGUUCUUCAAGUGCCCCUCCACCGACGAGCAGCCCAUCAUGGAGAAUGGCAGCGAUGUGGACAGCAUUGAUAUCCAGUACGAGUUCCACAGCAACUUUGAGCGCGACGAGGAGGAUUUGGCCGAGGAGGAGGAAGCCGAUGACGACGAGGAGGUCGACGACGAUGCCGACGAGGAGAACGACGAGGCCGAGGAUGAGGACGAGCCAUUGGACCAGGAUCGUGACCAGAACUACCGCCCACAGGCGUUACCGCCCACAUCCGGCCACAUCGCCUCCGAGCGCCUUGUGUUCGCUGGCUAUGGACAGCAGUCGCAAUCGCAGGCGCAGCUCACCGCUCAGCCGAUGAGCGGAUCGAGACGACACUAUAGCGGCAGUCCGCUGAUACGGGACUUUGACUUCUUCCUGGACUCCACCAGUCGCAGCAGCGGCGAGCGGGAUGCCGAUCAGGAUGGGCUCAAUCACAACCAGCUGCUGAGCACGAGCAGCGGACAUGGCGGGCACGGAAGCGUGGGAGGCGUGGGAGUGGGAGUGGGAGUGGGCAGUGGAAUAGGCGUGGGUCCGGGUGGUGGCCACAACUACCGCUAUUCGCCGGAGACCACCGACUACGAUUCCAACUGCGGCGAUAUGGACAGUCUCUCGGGUGAGAUGAAUGGCGGGGUGUCGACCUCCUGCUCGAACUACGCUAAAUUCUAUGCCUCGGCCAUGCCGGUCCUGGAGGAUGGCCUCUCCUCCGGUCACACCAGUGACACCGAGAACAACAACAACAACCAGAAGAACCUGCAGCAGUCGACGCUCAACCAGGGCGGCCAGUGCCCCAACAGCUUGAGCGGCAGCACCAGCAUCGGUGGCAGUGGCGGCAUCUCCAUGCUGAUGGACAUGAAGCGCAUCUCGACGAACCACAGCCUCAAUAGCAUGAACAACCAGACCAUCACCAUCACCAGCAACACCAACACCACCAACACAACCAGCACAACGGAUAGCAAUGGCGGUGUCGGCGUGGUGGGUCACCAUCUGGUGGCCACACUCGUCCACAGUCCCAACAAUGGGCAGGCGAAGUCGCAGGGUAAGCCGCAGCUGCAAUCACAGCCGCCAAAGACAUUGUCACUAGAUCAGAGUCCCAGCAACCACAGCAAAGUGUUCAAGAACAUUGAUCCGGAGUUGGAUUCGCUCUACUCCAUUGGAGUUUUCCACCGUCCAGACACGGUGCAGAUGACGCCACCUCCGCCCGCUCCGGCGCCACAUCGCAAGCCCAACAUCAAUGGCUGCUCCAGUGGCGUUGUGAACACCAAUGGCAGCAGCGACGUGGAUCUGCUGCAGCCGAGCACCAAGCACACUCCAUUGGCGGCGGCCAUUAGUUCCACGCUGCAGCGCAGUUCGCCCACCUCGACGAUAACCGGAAAUGGUAUCGCGACCGGAAACGGAAACGGAAGUGGAAAGACCAGAAGCGCCAGCAGCAAUUGCAGCAGCAGCGCCAACGGCGGCAUGCCACCGCCCAUUCCGGAGAGAACCAACCUCGUUGCCGCAGUCCAAAGAUCUCCAUCACCUGGCCGCAACUCACCCGUAUGGCUAUCGCGACACUUGGACGGUGGCGCUGGCAAGGAUCUGCUGGAAUCCGGCUCCGAUAAUCACUCAAAGAAUCACAGCGCCGACGAGGAAGACGUGGACACCGAUCUGGAGACGGACCGCCUGCUGGGCCACCAGAGGCUGGACGACCAGGGCUACUACGAUGAGAACAAGAGCUGGGAUCGCAAGCCGCGCUCGCUGCUCUCGAAGAUCUCGCCCAAGCAGCAGAUACCGAGCACCAAGACGCGCAACGGCUACAAUGCCCUGCUGAGCUCCACGCCGGAACUGCCGCCCCCGAUUCCGCCAAAGGGUCAGUCCGGAUUGGGAUUGGGUCUCACGCUGGGCGCCGGCAAUGGUGGCAAGCUGCUCGACUUGGUUGGCGGCAUGGUGCAGCGCAGCUUAUCGCGCAGCUCGUCGGAGCACAGUGAGAAAUCGCCCAGUAUAAUGCCCAUUUCUGGCGGGGAUCUGUGUGCCGGCGGCGUGGAUGUGGUUGCCUCUGCUGUGGCGGCCACCGCGGCAACGGUGGUGGCCAGCACGCCGGCGUUGGGUAGUCCCGGUAAUGGCGGCGGAUCGGAGCGAUCCGCUCAAGGCAUGACCAAUCCGGGUGGAGCAGUCAAGCUGGGCGAGCAGGAGAUGGGCGCCAUUAACGGUGGCAGCGCCAUGCCAUUGGGAGCUGGAUCGGGAACUGGAGCUGGAUCGGGAGCGGGAGCGGGAUCUGGAACUGGAACGGGUGCCAAUGCAGCUGUGGUGGCCAACAGCAACGCCAGCAACAACAACAACAACGUCAGCAGCGGCGGUGGCAACAACAGCAACAACAGCAGCGGCAGCGGCGCCGGCAGCAACAGCAACAGCGGCGAGAAAAAAGUGAAAAAGAGUAAGAGCAAAGAAGGCGGUGCAGUGCUCAUCGAGGGCGUUCUCUUCAGGGCCAAGUACUUGGGCUCCACGCAGCUGGUCUGCGAAGGUCAGCCCACGAAGUCGACGCGCAUGAUGCAGGCGGAGGAGGCCGUCUCCAGGAUAAAGGCGCUGGCACCCGACGGCGAUGUGCAGCCCAGCACAGAGGUGGAUCUGUUUAUAUCGACGGAGAAGAUCAUGGUUCUGAACACGGACCUCAAGGAGAUCAUGAUGGAUCACGCCCUGCGCACCAUCUCCUACAUUGCGGACAUCGGGGAUCUGGUGGUGCUGAUGGCCCGUCGUCGCUUUGUUCCCCAGGACAUCGAUGAUGCACCCAAGCCGAAUCGCACGCCCAAGAUGAUCUGUCACGUGUUCGAGAGCGAUGAGGCGCAAUUCAUUGCCCAGUCGAUUGGCCAGGCCUUUCAGGUGGCCUACAUGGAGUUCCUCAAGGCGAAUGGCAUUGAGGAUCAUCGAUUUGUCAAGGAGAUGGACUACCAGGAGGUGCUCAACAGCCAGGAGAUCUUCGGCGACGAACUCGAGAUCUUUGCCAAGAAGGAGCUGCAAAAGGAGGUGGUAGUUCCGAAAGCCAAGGGCGAGAUACUGGGCGUGGUGAUCGUGGAAAGCGGCUGGGGCUCCAUGCUGCCCACCGUGGUAAUUGCGAAUCUAAUGAGCUCCGGCGCUGCUGCCCGAUGUGGGCAGCUCAACAUCGGCGACCAGUUGAUCGCCAUCAAUGGACUGAGCCUCGUGGGUCUGCCGCUCUCCACCUGCCAGACGUACAUCAAGAACACCAAGAACCAGACGGUGGUCAAGUUCACCGUGGUGCCAUGUGCCCCAGUCGUCGAGGUGAAGAUCAAGCGGCCGGAGACCAAGUACCAGCUGGGCUUCAGCGUCCAAAACGGAGUGAUCUGCAGUCUGUUGCGUGGUGGCAUUGCGGAGAGGGGUGGCGUUCGUGUGGGUCAUCGCAUCAUCGAGAUAAACAACCAGAGCGUAGUGGCUGUGCCCCACGAGAAGAUCGUUAACUUGCUAGCCACUUCAGUGGGCGAGAUACUAAUGAAAACGAUGCCCACGUCCAUGUUCCGCCUGCUCACUGGCCAGGAAAAUCCCAUAUAUAUUUAAGCCUGCGGCAGAGUAAUAAACGGCGAUUAUUGUUAACUAUAAAAAAAGAAAAAACAAAAACAAAAAGAAAAAGAAAAACACAACCUUACAAGGUUAUUACGAUAUUUAGUAUAUAUACCUAUACAUAUAGAGAAAGAACGUGAAAGAGGGAGUAAAUAUAUGUGUGUAUAUGCGUGUGUACCUAUAUAUAUACAUAUAUGCUAAACAUAUACUACACACGAGUGUAUCGAUUUUUUUUGUGAGUAAUACUAGACAAAGUUCGAUCGGAGACGAGUUAAGAGCAGCUACUACGACAAAUAAGAGAAAGCGAUAACUAACACACACUAACACACACUAACACACACUAACACACACUAACACACACCAACACACACACACAUGGCACGCCUUUUUGCAAAGCUUAGUAAUAAUAGUUAAUAUUGUGUGAGAGUUUGGGCCAGCGGCCAGGACAUGCAUAUAUACAACAUACAUAAAUAUACAGACGAGUAUAUGAACAGAAUGACCUUUUUGCGAAAACGUCCUUAGCUUAGUUGAACGGCGACAUUAGUCAGAGAGAGUACAGCAGCUAUAGUAACAGAAGCCCCAUAUAUGUAUGCUUACCCCCAUACUUAUUGUAAAAACCAAAAAAUGAAAUCCAAAAAAAGGCAUGGCAACUCAAAAAGGCAAACCAAACCAGAUUCGAAUUCAGAUAGGAGGCGAGGCAGGCAGCUCUUUUGAUAUAGUAUAUAAAAUCCACACACUAUAUAACACCAUCCCGAAUAUAUUUAUAUAAACAAAUGGAAAUGGAUAGAGAAAUGGAGAUGGAAAUGAACAUGAAAAUGAAAAUGAAAAUGAAACUGAAAAUGGAUAUUGUAACUGCAGCGUUUCGUUUUCUACUCGCACCCAUAGCCGAGAAUAGUUGAUAGUU